AUGCUACACAAGGCUCACGACCCUCUGACUUUGCCUACAGAGCUAUGGAUAGGCAUCAUCAAGCACCUGUUAAUUCGAAACGAUGCAUCGAACUUGCCACUUGGAGAUUACUUCAUAAUUGCACAACGCUUUGACGGCCUCGAGUCUUUGUCAAUUGCCCUACGCAAGAAUUUUUUGCUGACGUGUCUCCAGGCGUCACCGAUCGCGCAGAGUCUUCGCCGGCUUGACCUCAUCUGCUUGCACUGCGAUUUCUUUUCGUUGGUACUUGACUUUCCGAACCUUACUGAGCUGCGGUUGUCGGCCGUUCGUCCGACGAAAAGGACAAUGGAGCCCCAAAAGUCAAAAUACUUCCUAUUCAAUGAGAUGUAUGACGCACACCUGCUAUGGCUGGGCAUUCUUAGGCUAGCUAUUAGAAUGUCAGACUGGAAGCCGUACAUGUUCUUUCCACCUGCAGACGACUUUGCUCUCGUUGAAGGCUUCAGGGACACAUCAUUGGCAUUUCGUGAACUGGUCGAAACAGCAGAGCGUGCUUUCCGUGGAAGAAGUGCAACUCCGAUCACACAAAGUCUUCAACGGCUCGAUCUUUCUUGCCGUUUCCCUUUUUUCUGCAACUCUGGAGAUAUUCUCUUUGAUUCAAGCGCUACUUUGAAACUCGAUUUCCCGAACCUUGUUGAGUUACGAUUGACAGUUGAGGAUCCAGUGGUUAGGCGAGCAAAGGCAUUGUGCCCGAAAGGGUUUUUGUUGCAGAGUGACUUUUGUGAGGUAAAUGCUUUCCUAAUCAUCACAUCACAUCUGCGUCUGCUCACAAGCUUUGAACUCGUACAAUUUUUGUAUGGUCAGGCAUGGCGUACAUCCAGACACAUCUCUAUUCUAAAAGGUGUUCUUAUCAAACUUCAGUGCCUUCGGCUUCUCUCCGUGCACAUGACCUUUACACAUGAGGCUGAAGUGGCCAUAGCCUUUGAAUAUCGUUGUCGUUCACAUCAUAUAAACGAGUAUCAGAAAGGCAGUCUAUGGUCUGAGUGUAAACGUUGCAGGGAUCGUAAACUUGCUCAGGACGACAACGCUGCAAAGCUGAAGGAAAGAAGAGCAAUAAAGGAGCUAGCGGAGGUAUUGCCCAGGCUCGAAUGCGUUCGGUGGAUAGAUGCGUGGAGUAAGGAAUAUUUUGAUGAAGUGGGACAGAGAGAGUACGAGGUCAGUAGGAAAGACUAUGGUGAAAUAUCUAUUAUCGAAAGGGGUACUAUUGAAGAAUCCUGGCCAGAUGAUAGGUACUGUUUCUUACGAUUUCUGCACAAGAUGUAG